GCAGCUUGAAGACUCCGAAAGUUUUUCUGACAACGUAUCUAAGCUGAUUUAUUUUGAACAUAUGAUAAAUUUCCCCCAUCAUCACUUGAUCUUCUCUGCAAUGACGUGCUUGCUCCCUAUGCCUAUGAUCGAUCCACCUUCAGGUGGCUUCAAGGUUGAGAAUAUUGUAAGUUAGAAGUUGCGGAGGGAUCAAAAAGCCGAGGUUCGCAGCACUAGAAUCUGAGACCUUGCACAUUUCACACCGAUGGCGCCAUUGCAAAGCAGAUGACGUGCCCUAAAGCAAGGCAUGUCUUCUGACAGUACAUCUAAAAUCGUAGAAGGUGCCCAUCAGGCAGUUGAUGCCAUCGACGACUUUGUGGAUGAUGAGAGGCUCUCUGAGAUCAUGGAUAUGCAAAGGAGCGUCCUGAGCAAAUUUGCGUCCAUCAAGCAUCACUUGGAAAGCCUCGACAAGGAGACAGUCCAGCAAGUUGAUGAUGCCUGCAAGGAGAUCACAAGAAACUGUGAGCUCUUGGUCAUCCUAAAGGCUGACUUGGAUAGUAUCUAUAGCAAAGUGAGGGGUAUGAAAGGAAAGUUGGCACUACAACUGCAGCAAGUGUCUGCACAUUGAACAAUGCUGAAGGCAGAAGCCCUUGACACGAUGAAAAUGCUGCUGCUGUUGCAUCCAAAUGCGAUCAGAUAUAUGUUUUCUAGAGCUGUAGAGGGUACCCAGCUUAUUCAUGGUGUUCAAUUGUCAAUUUUCUUUGCUUGCCCUGGCGGCAUUGCAAUUACUGCAUAAUGCAUCAAAUGUUGCGUGCGCAAUAUGCGCAACUGAAGCUGCAGGGCGAUGAAGUAUCGUGGACCUUGAAAGACACAAGUUGUGAUUGCUCGGAAAAUUGACAGACUUGGAAGUGCUUCAAACCUGAUCCUGAUUUAUGGUCUGCCAGUCAGGGUGAGUAAGAAUGUUGUAGUGAUCCCAGCAAUGUAUCAAAGAUCAGCCUUUGUAGCUGCCAGU